AUGACUUGGUUUAAGGUGGAGAAUGAUACAUAUGAUAUUUAUGCAAAAAUUAGCUUCUUGCCGGAUACAGCAGUGAGUGCCAAAGAUAUGUCUCAGCCAACACCCACUCAAGAAAUAGUUGCUAAAGAUCUUCACGAUUAUGAAUGGAGAUUUAAACAUAUCUUUAGAGAUUUUGAACUUUAA